CCAAUUAAAUUGAGCCCGCGAAACAUGUUUGGCUGCCGAGAAAAUAAGGAGGGAAAAUUACCUGCCAACAUUUUCAACCGCAGCAGAAUGCUCACUCUGCAACUCAAAACUGCCGCACAGAAAAACCCAAAACCCAGUUUUCUAUUUCCGUGUCGGAGCUUCACCACCUCACCUUCUCAUCCCUCUCAAGACUCUCACUUGGCGAACCUGAUUCUCAAAUCCGACCCGCAAACCCUAACCCAGAUUCUUCACAGCCCCCAAAUCGAUUGGACUUCCGAUUUGGUCGACAAAACCCUGAAGAGGCUCUGGAAUCAUGGGCCCAAAGCCCUCCAGUUCUUCAGAAUCCUCGACCACCAUCCGAACUACACACACUCUUGCUCCUCCUUCGACCACGCUGUCGAUAUUGCCGGCCGCCUGCGCGACUACAAGUCCCUCUGGACCCUCGUGGCCCGAAUGCGGGCCCGCAGGCUCGGCCCUGGGCCGAGGACUUUCUCUAUCAUCACAGAGAGGUAUGUGGCUGCUGGUAAGCCUGAUAGAGCCGUUAAGGUGUUCCUGUCAAUGCAUGAACAUGGUUGUCCUCAGGAUUUGAAUUCGUUUAAUACAAUUCUUGACGUGCUUUGUAAAGCUAAGCGUGUCGAAAAGGCGUAUAAUUUGUUUAAGGUGUUUAGGGGCAGGUUUAAGGCUGAUUGUGUUAGUUACAAUAUAAUUGCGAACGGGUGGUGUUUGAUUAAGCGAACCCCGAAAGCUUUGGAGCUUUUGGGGGAGAUGGUGGAGAGGGGAUUGGACCCGAGUUUAACGACGUUUAACAUAAUGCUUAAAGGAUAUUUUAGAGCUGGUCAGAUUAAGGAAGCUUGGGAGUUCUUUUUGCAAAUGAAGAAGAGGAAGUGUGAGAUUGAUGUUGUUACCUACACUACUUUGGUUCAUGGGUUUGGUGUUGUCGGGGAGAUUAAGAAAGCUCGAAAGGUUUUUGAUGAGAUGGUUGGGGAAGGGGUGCUUCCUUCGGUGGCAACUUACAAUGCCUUGAUUCAGGUUUUGUGUAAGAAAGAUAGUGUGGAAAAUGCUGUCGUGGUUUUUGAGGAGAUGGUGAGCAAGGGUUAUGUGCCUAAUGUGACGACUUAUAAUGUAUUGAUUCGAGGGUUGUGUCACUCGGGAAACAUGGAUAGGGCGCUGGAGUUUAUAGACAGAAUGAAGGGGGAUGAGUGUGAGCCAAAUGUUCAGACAUAUAAUGUUGUGAUUCGGUACUUUUGUGAUGCCGGAGAGAUUGAGAAGGCGUUGAAUGUGUUUGAGAAGAUGGGUUGUGGUGAUUGCUUGCCUAAUUUGGACACGUACAAUGUUUUGAUCAGUGCCAUGUUUGUGAGGAAGAAACCUGAAGACCUGUUAGUGGCAGGGAAGUUGUUGAUUGAGAUGGUUGAUCGAGGAUUUUUGCCGCGAAGGUUCACCUUCAAUCGCGUUCUGGAUGGGCUUUUAUUAACAGGUAAUCAAGCUUUUGCAAAAGAGAUUUUGAGAUUGCAGAGCAAAUGUGGUCGUCUUCCCCGUCAAGUAAAAUUGUGAAUCAUGUUGGAAUUCAGAUUGGCUCAUGAAUCAUGUAGAUUUGACUACAUUCAAAUCUUAACCCCAGCUACUACUGCUCCAAAGGGGUUUCUGUUCCUGUUGAAGUUUCAACACUUGAUGUUCUCUUAUCGCCAUGUGUUGAAGGUCUACCGUUUGGAGGAUCAGGUGGGCAUUCUGGUGCACUAUGAUUGAAAGAAAGAUUUUUUUUGCAGCCGACUUGAGGCUGUCACAGCAAGCAGUCAAAUAAAACAGGACUGGCUCAAGAAGGACCGUCUCAGCAUUUUGGUUGAAAUGAAAUAUCACGGCGAGAGAAACUUAAAUAAGAACAACAGACUCUGAACAUGGCAAUCAUUCGCUUACCAAGAAAAGAAGAACGAGAAAUAAUGGCCAUGAUUGUCAAUGGUUUCAUGAGUUUCAAGCUUCAAUUGAUUCGUUCUGGCUUGUGUUGUGAUCAUGUAAACUGUAUAAAGUGAAGAAAUCGUGUAAACUUCAGCACAUAUCUUCUGUUGUCAAAUUUGUAGUUCCAUACGUUAGUCAAGUUGAAACCGUUGUAUUUUCCUCGCCAUUCUACUCAAAUUGUAUCGCUGCAGCUUCGAAGAAGCUGGUUUCUCGACUUUGUGAAUCAAUACGUUCAAUUUAGAUUUCCA